AAACCUCGGUAAGUUUUAUGUCAAGUGUUAAAUUUAGAAAAAUGUCUGGACGCACAGAUCUUAAAUUUGACAAUUUGAAACGUCGGUUUUAACCAUUGUGCAUCCAUGUGAUCGAUUGUGUGUUCAAAUUGUGUUAUUGGAAAGCGACAAUUAUUGUAGAGGAUUUUGUAUUUUAAAUUCGUUGAAUGCGAAAUAUUUAAAUUAUUUUCGCCUCUCAUAUUGUUGAAUAAAAAAUUAAGAAUUCUAAAAAAUGUAAUUACUACCUAUAUUAAUUGGGUACGAAAUUUAGUUGAUCGUCUGUUUACAAGUUAAGCAUCUGUAAUUUGUCAACCAGGUUAAGAUGAAAUGGAUAAAAUAAACACACACGUAAUAUAUUUGAAACUAAAAGGAUGUAUUAGUGAUUAUUGUGAGUUGGAAUGUAUAAAGGAAGGUACUUUGAAUGUUGACAUGAGAGAAUUACUGGUGAGCUGCUUAAAGUACUCCUUAGAAACAGGCUCAUUAUGUGAUAUGAAAUUAUUAGAAAUAGAUAGCAUAUUAGAUUUUUUAAAUGAUGAAUUGAAUAGUGGACAUUGGAGCGAUGUUCCAAUUCAUACAAGACAUUAUUUUACAAUUGCAAGCUUUGUUAAAUGUCUCGUACUUUUAAAAACUAACAAUUGCGAUAAGGAACAGCUUUUAAAAACGUGCUUAAAAUGCCUCGAUAUUGGUUUGUUACUUGGAGCUCCAUUAGAAAAUAAUUUGGAAAUUUUAACAAAUUCUGCCAAAGUUUUAAGAGAAGAAAUAAAUAAACAUGUUUUGAAAGAUUCAAAUAAAGUUGAAAUUAAGAAUAAACGGAAGAUUACAGAAUAUGAUAAGUUUUCUAAGAUUCCUGGCAUAUUAGUAGACUCAAUAGAUUCUCCUUCAAUAGAAUAUUUUAAUAGCAAAUGGUUCCUACCUCAAACUCCAGUUAAAUUGACAGGUUGUCUGGAACAUUGGCCAGCUUCAAAAAAAUGGCUCGAUUUAAACUACUUAUUAGAAUUGGCAGGUGAUCGAACUGUUCCUGUUGAAAUUGGUUCUCAUUAUGUUGAUGCAAAUUGGUCACAGAAGUUAAUGACGCUUAAAGAAUUUAUCACUAAAUAUUACGUAAGCGAUAAUGGAGAUAUUGGAUACCUUGCUCAACAUAAUUUAUUUGAACAGAUAACUGAGUUAAAAGAUGAUAUUUGUAUUCCAGAAUAUUGUUGUUUAAGUUUAGAUUAUGAAAACUCAUGUGAACCAGAUAUAAACGCAUGGUUCGGCCCUAAAGGAACAUUAUCUCCCUUGCAUACUGAUCCAAAGAACAAUCUUCUUGCUCAGACUUUUCCAUGAUAACUGGACAGGACCGAUUUCACGGUCUAUGCUAUGGACAAGUUCUUAACAGUAAAUUGACUUGUGUUACAUUGAAGAAAAUAGCCGCAGAGAAUUUAAAAUUUUGAGCAUUGUUUGUAGCAUUGUGAAUGAUCAAAGAAGCCUUGAGCACAUAUGCCUUCAGAUAGGCCCAUCAUGCCCUUGAGAAGUCGAUCAUGAACAAAAACAAAAAAUUCUUUAAUAAUUACUUGAUGUUGACUAUUAUCGGUAUUUAGAUUCUGUUCAGUGGCUGUAAUUUUCACUACAAAUUGACAAAACUUAAUAUGCAAGUAUUUCACAUUCUGUUUCAGGUGUAUGGUACGAAGCAAGUAAUACUGUUUUCACCUAAAGAUACAGAGUAUUUAUAUCCCCAUGAAGAUAAAUUGCUAAACAACACAGCUCAAGUAGAUCCGUUAGAACCAGAUUUGAAAAAUUAUCCAAAUUUUGUGAAAUCUACAUUAUACAAAUGCCUUUUAGAACCUGGAGACAUGUUAUUUAUACCAGUUAAAUGGUGGCAUCAUGUUACUGCAUUGGACAAAAGUUUCUCCGUCAGUUUUUGGUGGCAAUAAAGAUUUGGUUCAUCAUUUUUUUCAUUUAUAAUAUUUUUAUUACAUCAAAGCAAUUAAUUAUUUUGCAAAAUCAUUUCAAGAGAUAUUAAUUAACUUUUGUAAAAGAAUAGUUUUACUAUUUUGCCAAUGUUAUUAGACCAUGGCAGAAGACAUCAAAAAUAAUAAAAAGUGAAAAAAAAUUAUAGUAGGAUGAAACCUAUUAGAAAAGGCAGAGGAUAUAAAAAUAAUGAAGGAAAAAAUGAAUUACGAGCUAUUCGAGAUCAAGAAGUGGGUGGGGGUGAGUUUUUAACGAUAAAAUAUGAUUUUAUUUCCUCCAAAACUAUAUGUUCUGCAGAUAAAAGUUAAAUGGUAAAGUUAUAGGUAAUAUAAAAAAUCUAACUAAGAACCUAACGUAAAAACUGAUGGGAUGCCACUGACAAAGCACUGAUUUUUUUGGUUGUUCAAUUUCUUUUUAUAUGUUUUAUUAAAACUGUAUUUAUUUA